CUCCUCACAGUGAACGCGGCAACGUUCAGCCCACCCAACCUCCGAAAUGAAACUACCAAUCCUCCUCCUGAUAGCCCUAGUGGCCGUGGUGGCGGCGAAGUCCGCUCCUGGUCGCUUGGCUGCGCGGUACGACCACUUCCGUGUCUACCAGCUGACCAUUGAUACUGACUUGCAGAUGGAGGAGCUCAAGAAGAUCCACGAGCACAUCUCCGUGCACUUCCUCAACGAACUGGGUGCUGCCGGCCAUAAGUACAAUGUGAUUGUAGGUCCCUUGUUCCACAGAGCCCUCGAGAAGACUCUUAAGUUCCUCGAAAUUGUUUACGAAGUGAUUGUCGACGAUCUGCAGAAAUUGAUAGAUGAAUCCUCAGUUGGCGACGAUUCCCAGAUGGAAUGGGAGACCUACCACUCGCUGGACACCAUUUACGAUUGGAUCGAUCAGGAGUGUGCUGCCCACGAUUACCUGGAGUGCAAGGUGAUUGGACAGUCGUACGAGGGUCGCGACAUCAAGAGCAUUAAGUUGUCGAAGCGGUCGGGCAACAAGGCCAUCUUCCUGGAGGGCAACAUCCAUGCCAUGGAGUGGAUCUCGUCGGCCACCGUCACCUUCCUGCUGAAUCAGCUGAUCAACUCUGAGGAUCCGGAAAUGCAGCGUCUGAGCGAGGAGUACGAUUGGAUUGUGGUGCCCAUGGUGAACCCGGAUGGCUUCGUUUACACCCACGAAGUGGAGCGUUUGUGGCGCAAGAACCGUCGUCCCAACGGAUACCGCAACGAAACUGGCGAUUGCUACGGCAUCGACAUGAACCGCAACUUUGACUACCACUGGGGAGGUGCCGGCUGGAACAUCGAUGAGCCCUGCGAUCACUGGUUCGGUGGUGAGGAGCCCAACACUGAGGUGGAGAUCAUCUCGCUGCAGAACUUUGUGAGCUCCUUCGAGGAUGGCUACAUCCGGUCGUACAUGGCCUACCACGCCUACGGACAGUACGUGCUCCUGCCCUACGGACACUCCAACACCGAGUUCCCCCCCAACUACGAGCAGAUGAAGCGCAUUGCCGCUGCAUUCUCCGAUGCUGCCGCUGAUGUCUACGGUUCCACCUUCACCUAUGGAGCCAGUGGUCUGCUGAACUAUGUGGUGUCGGGAGCUGCCAAGGAUUGGGCCUACGGCGUGAAGAACAUCCCAUUCACCUGCACCGUGGAACUGCGCGACAAGGGAACCUUCGGCUUCUUCCUGCCCUCCAACCAGAUCACCGAGGUGGGCCUCGAGGUCACUGCUGGUCUGAAGGCUCUGGUCAACAAGGCUGCCGAGGAGGGCAUCUUCGACUAAGGCUUAAUCCCUUUCACUGGAGAGCAGAUGUUGCGAAAAAAUAAAUAAAUCAUUUUCAAUUUAUAAUGUGAACAUUCAAAAA